GUGACAGUGAGGAUGACGCGGCCCCUGGAGCAGGCAGUAGCUGCCAUCGUGUGCACCUUCCAGGAGUAUGCAGGGCGCUGCGGGGACAAGUACAAGCUCUGUCAGUCGGAGCUCAAGGAGCUGCUGCAGAAGGAGAUGCCCACCUGGACCCCGACUGAGUUUCGGGAGUGCGACUACAAUAAAUUCAUGAGUGUCCUGGACACCAACAAGGACUGCGAGGUGGACUUCGCCGAGUACGUGCGCUCGCUGGCCUGCCUCUGUCUCUACUGCCACGAGUACUUCAAGGACUGCUGCCCAGAGCCCCCCUCCCCCCAGUGGCGAGCCCCCUCCCCCCCCCCUCCGGGGCUGGCCAUGGGCAGUCUCCCACGCCCUGCCUGUCCUUCCUCCUGUCACUCUUUUACCCGCAAGGCUCAGAGACCUUCCCAGGACGCCCAGAUGCCCAGCUGGCGAGGUGGGGGGGCAGCUAUCAACCCCCGCUGCCUCCCUGCUGUGGACGGGAGGGGUGGGCUCUGA